AAGAGGGAAGACGGAGUCGUGGUACGCCAGGACAAACUGAGACUUCAGAAAUUCUUGAUCUCUCUGCACGGAAGAGUAUUUGAAAAUACUUCAGUGCAAACAGGCGGUGUUGGCAAGCACUUCUACCCAAGUAUUCUCUGCUGCCCAGGCGGAGGGUUGCACCAGUCCCACGCUCCUCGCAGCACUUGGCAGGAGGUACGGCUGCACCGAUUAAAAAAAUGGCUCAAAUUUUGCAAAUUAUCUGGAAAUCCUGACACAUCAGAUGGAAACGAAUGCGAUGGAGAUAACAUACCCGGAGCGCAUCCAUCAGGUCUGGUUCAUCCAUGAGUUGAGGGAAAGUUGCUAAAAUAGGAUUACAGAUUAAUUCUGAAAUAGAAGACCACACGUUAAAGGCCGAGGAAGAAACAGGAUGGUUUUCAAGGUAUCAGCACAUCAAGGUAUUGAACAUAUCCUCUCCCUCAGAACAUUUCAAAGGGAACAUGAGCUGUAAUAGCGCUCUGGAGCACAGGGAAAGCAGAAAAGCUCUCUAACAACUGCGUUCUCUGACUGUACCCAACUCUCGGUGGCUGAGAGACCAGAGCCACACAAAACACCAUUGCUGCUUUAUUAAGAGAAACCAGCAAGCAAGAGACCUUCCUGAUUUAACGUGGGAGUAGAGCGAGGUGUUUUUCCUCAUUUCUGCACCUGUCUUUUUUCAUAAACACCUGAAAUCGUGCUGCUGGAUUUGGAUGUUAUGAAUAAACACACUUGCAUUCUACCUUGAUCUGGCUUGUGUUGCGUGCCAUUUUAAAAUAACCGCGUGACGAGCGGCACGGUGAAUUUCCCACAUCAUCCACCGCAGAGGUGUCCUGCCUGCUUUUCAGAAAAAACGUAGAAAAUGGCUACCAGAACAAGUUCUGAAACACUGGGGUAAAUCCUUUCAACCAUUUCAAAUGAAGACUGAAUCCAAACGGAUGCAGUUUAACUCCAGGAGAGGUCAUCACCCUCAUCUGUUGCCCUACAUGAUCAGAUCAAUUCAGGUGUCUGAAGAUGUUUACCAAACAGCACAGGCAGUUAUGCUGAAGUUGAUCAAGAGGCAAGGAUUUAUAAAGCCACGAAAUAUGCAUUGAAGAGAAACCCACGAGUAUCAAUCUCCUGGAAAAGAAGAAAUGCACAGCUACAAAGGUGAGAACCCCCAAACCUGCACUGAUGCUCUAAAGAAUACAGGAGAGAAAACAAACUGACCCAGAGGGUUUACCCAUCUGCUUGCAGAGUUUCCAAGGCAGUGACCCUGCGUGUGGGAAGGUUUAUUCACUCCAUGGGGAAGGAGCCGAUCCGCCUGCCUGCCCAGCCUUUCCAGACCCACAGCACUAACAGCAGGACCUGCUGUUGGCAGCAGCGUUUGUCUCCGACGCACAGUACAACAGGAAUAUUCCUUUCAAGACGUCCCCGGAGGCAGUCAGGCUUUAUUAUCUCUAUAACCACUGGAUUAUGCGAACAGCCACCUACUUCUUCAUCUUUCUCGACCUGUCCCUUGCGGUGUUUGAAGAACCUGCUGUGUAUCCGCUCCCCUUCCUGGUCACUUCUGUGCUCGAGGUGCUGUGCCUUCUGGUGUUCUUUGGCCGACUGACACAUUUUGCAAAAGUGACCCAUCGCAGCGUGUUCUGGAAGGACACCAAGAACAUCUGCAUCAUGGUUGCCAUCCUGUUAUCCCUAACAGACUUGGCCAUAUACGGGGUCCUCAGGAUAUACGACGUGAGGAGCAUUCGAUGGUCGAGAAUUGUGAGGCCCAUCUUCCUGAUCAACUUUGCAGAGAGUCGCCAGAUUCGGAGAGCCUUCCGCAGCAUCCGCAACACACUGCCAGAGAUCACCUACGUCUUCUUGCUCUUCAUGUUCAGCCUCCUCAUGUUCUCCCUCAUGGCCUUGAAGCUGUUUGGCGAGAGGAAUCUCCAGACAGCAGAAGGCUUGCCGUAUUUCAGAAACUACCUAGAAAUCGUGUUUGACCUCUAUGUGCUGGUGACGACAGCCAACAGCCCGGAUGUCAUGAUGCCAGCGUUUGACUUCAGCUCCUGGUAUGCCCUGUUCUUCAUUGCCUUUGUCAUCGUCAACACCUACAUCUUCAUGUCUCUCUUCCUGGCUGUUGUGUACAACAACUACAAAAAACACCUGAAGAAUGAGAUCCGUGAGCUUGCUUACAUGAAGCGCCGCAAGAUGCUAGAGGCCUUCAGCCUCCUGAAGGAAGAAGAAGGGGCACAGUUUGUGGUUAGAGAAGCCCGGUGGAAACAGCUUGUCAAGCUGGUGGCUCCUGAUAUCAGCAGCUCCCACAGAGAGCUGCUGCUACGCAUCUCAGAUGAUGAGCAGAAGGGUUUUGUAGACAAGAAGUCCUUCGUACAGCUGGCAGAUCUCCUCAACAUCCAGGUGGUGACCCUGAAGAUCCACAGCCACCCGCUGGGGCAGUGGGUGCCUCGUGUGUACGCGUCAGGCGUGAGCCGGUUCCUGCGCAGCAUGGUCAGGCACAGGGGAUUUGUUUGGACUUACGAUGUGAUCAUUCUCAUAAACGCUAUUUUCAUUGCUCUGGAUGAGGAAAGCCCUUAUAUUUCUUAUGCAGAGUGGGUCUUUCUUGCUCUGUAUAUAAUUGAGAUACUCCUGAAAGUGUACACCUAUGAACCAAGGGCGUUCUUUGGCAAAAAUCAGUUUUGGAACUGGUUUGAUACCCUCAUCAUCUUUGCUGCCUUGACUGCGACGAUACUCAAUACCACCCUGAAAUCGACAGUGAAAUACAACAGUCAGCAGAUCCUGGACAUUGUCUUCAUCUUAAGGGUCCUCAGGCUAAUAAGGAUUGUUGACAGCAUUCAAAGGUUCCGGGUCAUCAUGAACACGCUGAUAAACAUCGUGCCGACCAUGUUGACAUUUGGUGGGCUAACUCUGGUUGUGUACUGUGUCUUUGCGAUUGUCGGCAUGGAGUUAUUCCAUGGGAAAAUCCAGUUCUUCCCUGCAAACUCGAACGCUCCUCACGCCCUAGAGUGCGGAAACCCGGCCCUCAAGGAUUCCCUCUUUGCCCGGGCGAAAUACUGCAAGAACAACUUCAACAACUUUGCCUCGUCCUUCAUCGUCCUGAUGGAGCUCACCGUGGUCAAUCAAUGGCACGUCUUCGCCAACGGGUUUGCCAACGUGACGGUGCAGCCCGCCAAGCUGUAUUUCAUCGCCUUCCACAUCAUCAUGGUGAUAAUAAUCGUCAAUAUCUUCGUGUCGUUCAUUUUGGAAGCUUUCUUUGUGGAAUACUCCCUGGAGAAGAGCGAAGUAGAAACGGCCAUUGAGCGCAAAAUCCAGGAGCUGGGAGUGGGAGUUCAAGAGGAUGAGCUCCGGGAUGAGCAGCUCCUCGAUAACAUGGAGGGUGCUGAGCACGACCUGGAGGGGGAAGGUGGAAUGAAGGCGCAGCCUAAAGGGCUGGUCUUUAAAAUUGCAUCUAAACGGUACAGGACAGUUGACGCUCUGCUCCAGCGCAUGUUUGAGGCCGAGAUACCCCUUGAAGAUGAAGGCCCUUCACUUGAAGAGACCCCCAACUUGUCCCCAGUGCCCGGUGCCCAGGCUGGGGAGCGCCCUGUGUAGCAGGGACAGCCCGGGGUCGUUGAUGGGAGCAGCGGAUCUGCAGCUCCAGUGUGUUCCCUGGCUGAUUCCCGCGCCUGGGGACCAGGUUACACAGCGGAGGGGGCGGCUGAGCCCAGAAAGGGCUUCAUCAUGUAAAGGAGCUUUAUCUCAUGUAGAGUCACAGCUAAACUUUGGAACUGGAACGACCCUCCCCCGAAAGCAGAGGGAGAGUCGGUGUAUCUGUAACGGUGCCCUAUGCAGUAUGUUAUGGAGUACCCACUUGUAACGGGGAUCUUGUAUUCCAGCGCUUUUAUAUGCGUAUCUGGACCAGUGUAAGCUGAGUUAAACAGCUCUUUGUACAUUGAACACAAUAAAUGGCUCAUAAUCAGAGUUAA